AUGCCUCAGCACAUUCGACGCGUGGCCGUCAUCGGUGCCGGUCCAGCCGGUGCGAUUGCCACAGAUGCUCUCGUCAAGGAAGAAGCUUUUGACACAAUUCGCGUCUUUGACCGCCGAAUCGUAGUCGGAGGAACAUGGGUUUACACGCCACAUCUGCCACCCAAAGUACCCUCUCUAGAUGCCCUAGUCUCUGGAGAAGCGGACAAGCGUGUUCCUAUUCCAGAAUAUCUACCGGCUGUGACGCCAUUCAAUGAGAGAGUCAACAGCCAUCAGCAACGGUACUCGGAUACGCCAAUUCAUGAGAAUUUACACAGCAACAUCGCGCCUGAAAUCAUGGGUUACACCGAAGAGCCGCUACCAAACAAAUUAUCACAGCAGACGCUGAAAGAAUACGGACCAGGUGCUCCAUUUCGGCAUCACACCGUUGUUCGUCAGUGGGUUGAAGACCUCUUUAUUCGCGGUGACCACGACAAGCUGCUCGAGCUCAGAACGACGGUGGAGCUCGUCGUGAAAGAGGGAGAUGAGUGGGUGAUAACUCUGCGAAAGGUUGUCAACGGAAGCAAUUACUGGUGGAAAGAGAGAUUUGAUGCCGUGGUUGUUGCCUCUGGCCAUUACAACAUACCCUGGUUUCCAGUCGUCCAAGGAUUCCUCGACUACAACCAAAGAUUCCCUGGUAAGAUUCUUCACAGUAAACAUUUCAGAGGAGGCCAGCACUACAGAGGAAAGCGCAUUAUCGUCGUUGGAGCCUCAGUAUCCGCUAUCGAGGUUAUGUACGAGAUCCUAGACUUUAUAGACGGCCCACUCUAUGCUUCUGUGCGAGAUGAGCCCCUCGAGUACUACGGGUGGGUGCCCUUGGAACAUCCAAAGAUCUCAGUCAAGCCAGCCAUCGAUCGUAUGGACCCAAGGACUGGGCGCGUCUGGUUCACAGAUGGGUCUUUUCUCGACGACGUAGACCACAUCAUCUAUGGAACAGGCUACACAUUCAGUUUCCCGUUUCUCCCUGGUGUUCAGGAGCGUGUCAAGAAGGCUCAUCGUCGAUUACCUGGGGUUUACCAGCACACUUGGGAUAUCGAGGAUCCGACAUUGACUUUCGUCGGAAUGAUCGGAAGUUUCACAUUCAAAGCAUACGAAUGGCAAGCUGUUGCCGUCGCUCGCUUCCUAGCUGGCCGCUCCCAGCCUCUGCCGCUUAUCGAGGAUCAGCGAGAGUGGGAACGCCAACGUGUGGCGGAAAGACGAGGAGGCAAAGCAUAUUACAGCAUUGGCCCCGACUAUGAAAGUUUCUUCGAGUGGUUUCGGGAGUUUGCAGGAGACCCUGUCAGGGGCACCACGGGACGUGUUCUGCCUCCUUUCGAACCCCGUUGGUUGGCUAUCUGGGGCAGCAUGUUUCUUCCCAAGUUGGACCGUUGGAGAUGGAAGAAGAAGGAGGCUGAGUGGAAGCAGGAGUUCAAGGCCAAGCUUUCCAGGAUAUAA